AUGACCAUGGAAGAAAGCUGGAAGUUCUCACAAUGCUUUGGAGACAAGGGAGACAUUGAAAACAUCACCGAGGCCGAUAUCAUAUCGACCGUGGAAUUCGACCACACCGGUGACUUCUUGGCCACCGGUGACAAGGGGGGUAGAGUGGUCUUGUUUGAGAGAAACCAGUCGAAGAAGAAGCAAAGCUGUGAGUACAAGUUUUUUACAGAGUUCCAGAGUCAUGAUGCUGAGUUUGACUACUUGAAGUCGUUGGAGAUCGAAGAGAAGAUCAAUAAGAUUAAGUGGUUAAGAAGUUCCAACAACUCCUUGUUCUUAUUGUCCACCAACGAUAAGACCAUCAAAUUGUGGAAGAUCAUGGAAAGACAGAUUAAGUUGGUCAGUGAAAACAAUUUGUCCUCCAUCUCUACUACUUCAUCGAAUAACCCUUCAUUAUCAUUAUCUUCAUUAAAACUUCCUAAAUUACAAUUACAUGAUAAAUUAAUAUCUGCACAGCCCAAAAAGAUCUACUCAAAUGCUCAUGCUUACCACAUCAAUUCUAUCUCGGUCAAUUCUGACCAAGAAACCUAUUUAUCAUCUGAUGAUUUAAGAAUCAACUUGUGGAACUUGGGGAUUUCGGACCAAUCAUUCAAUAUCGUUGACAUCAAACCAGUGAACAUGGAAGAAUUAACUGAAGUCAUUACCUCCUCUGAGUUCCAUCCAAACCAUUGUAAUUUAUUCAUGUAUUCAUCUUCCAAAGGUACUAUAAAGUUGAGUGACAUGAGAUCGAAUUCCUUAUGUGACAGUCAUGCUAAAGUGUUUGAAGAGUAUUUGGAUCCAGCAUCCCACAAUUUCUUCACUGAAAUCACUUCUUCUAUAUCUGAUGUUAAAUUCAGUCAGGAUGGUAGAUACAUUGUUUCAAGAGACUAUAUGACAGUUAAGGUGUGGGAUUUGGCUAUGGAAUCAAAACCAAUCAAGACUAUUAAUGUUCAUGAACAUUUGAGAGAGAGAUUAUGUGACACGUACGAAAAUGAUGCUAUUUUCGACAAAUUCGAAGUUCAAUUCAGUGGUGAUAAUAAGUCUAUUAUGACUGGAUCGUAUAAUAACAACUUUAUGAUUUAUCCAGAUGCUGUUGGCGGUAGUUCCAGUGCUGCUCCUAGCAAGCUUCCAAACUUUAAUACUUCUUCUUUCAACAAAAAGAAGUCUGUGGAUGAUUCCGAUGAUGAAGAGGAUAAUGAGUCGCCUCCAUCAAAUGAAACAUAUCCUCAAUCUCCUAAUUCUAAUGUUGAUGAAGAUGAUCAAGAGGAAAUUAUCUUGCAAGCUGAUAAAUCUGCUUUCAAGUCUAAGAAAUCAGCUAAUAAUGGCAGUACUAUGAGACGCCGUAUGAUGAGUGGGGUUGGAACUGCUGGUAAUGAUAGAGAUUUCGACGACAUUGAUUUUAAGAAGAGUAUCUUGCACUUGUCGUGGCAUCCAAAGGAGAAUUCGGUAGCGAUUGCUGCCACCAACAAUCUCUACAUUUUCUCCACGUUAUAA